AAGAGAAGGAGAAGAUAAAGCUUGAGGAAGAUGAGGCAGCAGCUGCCAGCACUAUGGCGGUCUCGGCUUCCCUUAUGCCACCCAUCUGGGACAAAACUAUUCCUUAUGAUGGUGAAUCUUUCCACCUGGAGUACAUGGAUCUGGAUGAGUUUCUUCUGGAGAAUGGAAUUCCUUCCAGCCCUACUCACCUGGAUUUGAACCAGAAUCCACUCUUGCCUGUGGCUGAGCUGGAAGGAAAAGAGUCUGCCAGUGCCUCCACUGGUUCUCCUGCAUCUUCUUCUUCCACUGCGGUUUACCAGCAGUCUGAAGCAGCCUCCAGCACAGAGUCCCCACCACAAAAUGAGAGAAAUACUCCCAGCCCCAUUGAUCCUGACUGCGUAGAAGUUGAGGUGAAUUUUAACCCUGACCCUGCUGAUUUAGUCCUGUCCAGUGUGCCUGGUGGUGAGCUCUUCAAUCCUCGCAAGCACAAGUUUACUGAAGAGGACCUGAAACCACAACCCAUGAUUAAAAAAGCCAAGAAGGUUUUUGUCCCAGAUGAGCAAAAGGAUGAAAAAUAUUGGACAAGGCGGAAGAAGAACAAUGUGGCAGCAAAGCGUUCCCGUGAUGCUCGGCGAUUAAAGGAGAAUCAGAUCACAAUUCGGGCAGCCUUUCUUGAGAAAGAGAAUACAGCCCUGAGGACGGAGGUUGCAGAGCUGCGCAAGGAAGUGGGACGAUGCAAGAACAUUGUUUCUAAAUACGAGACCAGAUACGGACCCUUUGACUUAUCUGAUUCCGAGUGAUGCAACUUUAAAGACUUUUAAAAACAAAGAAACUAAAAAGCACACAUGAAUCGCCAGUCUUCAGAGUGAGCAGUGAAAUCUAUGAGGUGUCCCAACACAAACAACUGAUGAUGACCCUGCCUGCCUGCUUGCCUGCAAGUACCCCAUCUGAACUACCCAGGGCUGGGCAUGAUGAAAAGUGCAAAGUCUCCUUAAUUCUGUAUAUGGCUUUCUUAUCUGUCUUUCUCACUGUAACUAUGAACUACAAUAAGCUUACUUAUUGGGGUUUUGUCAAGACACUCAAAGUUCAUGUCUCAAAGUCUAUUGACAGCCUGUGUGAAUAGUGACUCUGUUUUGGCACUCAAGUGGAAGAAAAUAAGGAGUUUAAAAUGAAAGUGUCUGUAUAUAUUAACAACUGCUGUAUUUUAAGACUCUUUUUCCCUGCAGUGGAAUGAAUUUUAUUUAAUACUGCAGCUCGCUUCUGGUACAGUGUAGCAUCUUGUGAAGUACUGUGAGUGCAGAAUUAAAGACACCAGGAAAACAGCAAUCUGUGACGUGUGAGACUUCCAGUGUGGAAAAGUACAGCAGCAGUACUGAAACAACCCAAGAAGCACCACAGCUUUGUGCCACACAGAGUAGUAAUAGACCUCUAUCAAAUGACCC